AUGGCGGACGCACCAACAGCAAGUAUGGCAAAGCUUCAGCUUGACGAGAUGACGGGUGAGAUGGUAUCAAAAGGAGAACUUAAGAAAAGAAAUGCAAAGCGGGCAAAGAAGCUUGCUCAAGCUAAGGUCAAAUCAGAUGUGCAAUCUCAGCCUCCAAAAGUAGUUUCCGACAAGACAAAGGUUGAAAAUGUAGACAAGGAAAAUAUCGCGAAUAUGUUUAGCCAUGGUUGGCUUGACGAAGUUUAUAAAGAACGUCCCGUUAAACCUGUAACUACUAGAUUUCCCCCAGAACCAAAUGGGUAUCUGCAUAUCGGCCACGCCAAAGCUAUCGCCGUAAACUUUGGCUUUGCGAAGUUUCAUGGAGGUGACUGUUAUUUACGAUUUGAUGAUACCAACCCAGAAGCGGAGGAAGAAAAAUACUUCAUUGCGAUCCAGGAGCUGAUAGAAUGGCUCGGGUUUAAACCAUGUGCCGUGACGUACUCUAGCGAUAAUUUCGAUAAAUUAUAUGAAAAAGCAGAAGAAUUAAUUCAGCUCCAGAAGGCAUAUGUCUGCAGUUGUGAAGAUGCCGAAAUAAAAGCUCAACGCGGAGGAGACGAAAGAGGCCCUCGUUUUCGAUGCGCUCAUGCAGAUCAAUCAAUAGAAUAUAACCUCACAGAAUUCAGAGCCAUGCGGGAUGGAAAAUAUAGGCCUAGAGAAGCUUUUUUGCGAAUGAAACAGGAUAUAGAAGAUGGAAAUCCGCAAAUGUGGGAUCUAGCCGCCUACAGAGUUCUCGAUGCUGAGCAUCAUCGAACAGGGUCCAAGUGGAAGAUUUAUCCAACCUAUGAUUUCACUCAUUGCCUCUGCGAUAGCUUUGAAAAAAUCACCCACUCACUCUGCACAACAGAGUUUAUUCAGUCAAGAGUUUCAUAUGAAUGGUUGAAUAAGACUUUGAAGGUUUAUGAGCCAAUGCAAAGAGAAUAUGGUCGUCUAAGUAUUGCUGGAACUAUCCUUUCAAAACGUAAAAUUAUGAAGCUUGUUAACGAAAACUACGUUCGAGGUUGGGAUGACCCUAGACUAUACACUCUCAGUGGUAUCCGAAGACGUGGUGUACCUCCUGGAGCAAUUUUAGAGUUUGUCAAUGAGAUUGGAGUUACUACCGCGCCAACUAUUAUCCAGAUGUCGCGCUUUGAUCAGACAAUAAGACGAUACCUAGAGCAAACAGUCCCUCGCUUAAUGUUAGUACUUGAUCCUUUGCCUGUAACAAUUGAAGAUGCUGAGGAGAUGGAGCUUGAGUUACCUUUCUCGCCAAAGAUUCCUGCCAUGGGUGCUCACAAGGUAAACUUGACCAAAACUAUCUACAUAGAACGAACCGACUUUAGGGAAGUUGAUAGCAAAGAUUAUUUCCGACUCGCACCUGGAAAGUCGGUUGGUUUACUCCAAGUUCCAUUUCCGAUAAAGGCUAUCUCUUUUACUAAGGAGGGCCAAAAUAUUACCAGUGUCCUAGCUCGCUAUGAUAAAGAAGGUAAAAAGCCAAAAACAUAUAUUCAUUGGGUCUGUAGUGGGUCACGAAAUGUUGAGGUCCGCCUGCAUAAUGCAUUAUUUAAGAGUGAGAGGCCAGAAGCUGCUGAAGGUGGAUUUCUGAACGAUAUCAAUCCUGACAGCGAGAAAGUCUGGCCGGGAGCGCUGAUUGAGUCUGGAUUUGAUGAGGUAAGAAAUCGUGCUCCUUGGCCCAAAGCGGCAGGGGAAUCCAAUCUGGGGAAAGGAAGAUUCGAGUCUAUUAGAUUUCAAGCUAUGAGAGUGGCAUACAUGACUGUGGAUUCAGAUAGUACCGAUGACAAGAUCAUUUUGAACCGUAUUGUUAGUCUCAAGGAAGAUUCUAGCAAGGACCGUCCGCAAUAA